GAUGCACAGCAUUACACGCGGCUGCUAUUGGAGGACAUCUCAAGGUCGUACAAUGGCUAAUUGCAGAAGGUGGAAUGGAUCCCUUGGAUAAGACAACACAGUAUGGAGAAACAGUAUUACACGUAGCUGCUGAUAUGGGACAUCUGCAUGUCGUACAAUGGCUAAUUGAAGAAGGAAGAAUGAAUCCCUUGGAUAAGUCAUCAAAGAACGGAGAAACAGCAUUACAUUUGGCAGCUUACAGUGGAAACAUUGAGUUAACAAAAUGGCUGAUAGAACAAAAAGAAAUGGAUCCCAUGGUUAAAUCAUCUAAGAACGGAGAAACAGCAUUACAUUUGGCAGCUUACAGUGGAAACAUUGAGUUAACAAAAUGGCUGAUAGAACAAAAAGAAAUGGAUCCCAUGGUUAAAUCAUCUAAGGACGGGAAAACAGCAUUACAUUCGGCAGCUUGGAGUGGAAACAUUGAGUUAACAAAAUGGCUGAUAGAACAAAAAGGAAUGGAUCCCAUGGAUAGAUCAUCUAAGGAAGGUCUAACAGCAUUACAUUUGGCAGCUAGUGGUGGAGAGUUAGAUAUUACAAAAUGGUUGAUAGAAGAAAAAGGAAUGGAUCCCUUGGUUAAAACAUCUCAGGGAGGUAAAACAGCAUUACACUUGGCAGCUGAGAAUAGAUAUUAUGAGUUGAAGAUAACACAAUGGCUUGUUAACGAAAAAGGAAUGGAUCCCAUGGAUAAGACAUUGCAGGAAGGUAAAACAGCAUUACAUUUGGCAGCUGAGAAUGGAAAUUUGGAGUUGACACAAUGGCUGAUUAAAGAAAAAGGAAUGAAUCCCAUGGUUAAAACAUCUAAGGGUGAGACCCCAUACCAUCUGGCAGCAAAAGAAGACAGGUAUAACAGGGGAUACAUAAAAGAUAUGAAGAAAAAAGUAAUGGACUACCUGAAGACUUUCAUGUCAAAGAAAGACCAAGAAGUGACCCCAGGAAUCUUGCAAGAAAAAGGGGCAACACCAGUAGUUGAAGAUUUCAUCCAGAAAAAAGAACAAUCUGUCAUGUUAAACCGAUUGCUAGGCCAGGGGACGUAUGAUUCGUUUGACAUGCGCUGUAUGGUCACAGGUCAGUUUGGAGUCGGAAAAUCUACGCUUGUAAAGCUCCUAGUUGGUGAUGCUGUCCCAGAUGAAAGACUUGCUACAGAUGGGAUUUCCCUAUUAGAAGGUCGAUGUGGCCUUGAUAUAGACACCAGAGAGUGGAUUCUUAUUGAUCCAGAAACUUACAAUGCCCUAGAUGUUGUGUACAAUAAGGUAUUGAUGACCUCUGUAGCAGAAGAUGAAAGUAAACAAGAUGAAAUACAAGAAGCUGGCCGCACAAGUGGUAAACAUGCAAGUGAUGUAUCACAGCAGUCAGAAGCAAGCAAGUCAACGUCCUCCCCUGGACAUAUCCCAGGGUAUCCUUCUCAACAGACUAAAGCAGACCAAUCUGUGUUACCUAAGCCUUCCUCCAGUAUGCAUCUUACAAAAGAGCAGUCAAAAAAGAAAAUGAAAUCAAAAAUGACCAAAGAUGAAAUAAGAAAGAAAAUGGAGGAAAUCCUCAGGAGUGGAAAUUAUAAGAUAAAAGUUGGAAGACUUAUCUUCUGGGACUUUGGUGGACAGUAUGUCUAUUACACAACACAUCAGACCUUUAUGACGUUCAGAGCUUUGUUUCUGCUGGUUAUUGAUGGAAGCAAAGGAUUGCAUGAUCAGGUCCUGGAUGUGUUAUGCUUUCCAGGACAACACAUGAUACCAACUCCUGCAGUUUUUCUUCAACACUGGGUCAAUUCCAUCCUGACGUAUUGUAAGCCAGUAUAUAAAGACAUUCCGAAGAUCUUGUUGGUUGCAACACAUAAAGACAAAAUUAACGAGGAGAAUGUUGAAACACGACGAAAAGAGUUGUACAGUGAAGUAGAAGAGUUGUUCAAAGAUCACGAGGGAAAACAACAUCUUGUCCUCAGCCCUAUGAUAUUUGUCAAUGCCAAAGACAAAGCUGACCCAGAUAUACAAAUUCUCAAGAAAGCCAUUACAGAUCUCACUUUCGAACAUCCAUGCUGGGGAGAAACCAUGCCAAAUGCAUGUGUCCCCCUUGAACUCGAGAUCGCGGAAUUGGUUGCUGGAGGACAGCAAAUCUUGUCUUUGAAGGAAGUUGAAGAAUUGAAUGUCAUCAGUCAGUUGUCUGUCCUGUCUUCUGAGCAGCUAAACGAUUUUCUCCAUUUCCAACAUUCCCUUGGGAAGAUCGUUUACUUUGAUACUGCGCAGCUGAGAGAAUUUGUUAUCAUAAGCCCACUGCUCCUGGUAGAAGUCAUGCGGUCUUUUGUGACAGACAAGCAAUUCUGGCCAAGUGAGGUUACAGUACAUGCCAUUUUCAAAAAGAUGUCAGAAAGUGGAACAAUGCAAAGAGGGGAACUAUAUCAGAUCUGGGAACAAGAAGCCUUCAGUAAAGUAUUACCUUAUAAAAAGUAUAUAUUUGAUAUGCUUAUCCACCUUGAUAUUGUGUCAGAGCAGCGAAGAUAUAAUGCAAAAACAGGACGUCGGCUACCAACCAAAAACUUCUUUGUUCCUUGCAUGGUAACAGAGAGGAACACGACUAAUUUCAUGAGUGAAGAAUGCACACCAAACAGAGCUAUCAGUUUGGCCUUCACUUUUAAAGGGGCUAUUAUUCCACCAGCUUUGCCUAACCGUCUCAUCAGCGCCUGUCUAAGUAUGUGGAAUGUGAAGACAUAUAAAGAACAGAAAGAAAGUGGCAUCAUAGGGGAAAAGAGAGAUGUUAAACUCCUGUUUUCUGGAUUUCUUGGCAUAUCAUAUGACAAGGCACAUGAUAUUGUUGUAUGCGUUGAAGCCAACAGAAUCCACCUUUACAUAAUCCACAAGACUUCCAAUGAACUAAUAGUAUCAGAUAUAGCCACUAGUAUCAAAGAAACCUUUUGUAAGACAUUGGAGAGAAUUAUAGAAUUCUAUCAGUCCACAGUCCAUGCAAGAACUAGCAGUCCUAGAAGCCCUUUCCACAUCGAAUAUUCAUGCUCCAAUUUAGAAUGUUUUAUCAGUGAAGUUGAUGCCUUGCAAACAGCCGAAUGGAUUUGUGACAGACAUAAGUUGAGGCAUAAACAAGACCAUUGGAAUGUUUGGAACGAAAACCAGGGAAAGAAACAAUGCAAAGACAAUUGUCCAGGUCUUGCUGAGGAUGCUUUGAACCAGAUUCCAAGUGAUAAAGAAUUGCUGCAGUUCUCAUAUAAUUCUAUUAAACUGAUACAAGAAUUGGCACAACAUUUAGAAAUGGAGGACGAAUGGGAUACAUUAGACUAUAGCUAUAAGGAUAGACCAGAGAUUUUAAAAUUCCUAAUGUUGAUGAAGUGGAAACAAUCAAACUCAAAAAUAAAUUUUAGAAUGCUGGCAGAUGCUCUCAGUGAAAUGAAAAUAACAACUCAUAAGCUAUGUAGUGUGAGAAGAGGGAAGAAAAUAGAACCAGGUAUGUCUGAUGAUAUCCUAGAUUUUAUUCCAACAGACGAAAUUGUUGAUUCCUUAGCCUCCAAAAUUGGUCAAAAGUUCUUUCAACUUGGAAUUGAACUAGGAUUGUCGAUCGGAAAUUUAGAAACUAUACAAGAGGAUCAUCGCAGUGACUUGGCAGCUCAGAACAAGAAAGUAUUAUAUGAAUGGAGAAAGGACAGAUCAGUGAAACCUACUAUUGGAGUACUUGCACAGGCUUUGGUCAACAUUGGAAGAGGAGCAAAGUGUUUGGAGGAUAUUAUAGAAGGUGUUGAUGUUAACACUUUGACAGCUGUGGAGGAUGUAACAGAUAGAAUACUCGAUAAUAUUGACGAAAUCCUAGAGAAUAUACCCAUUAGCGAUAUUCUAGAUGAUAUGAUGACACACUUCGUGAUAUCAGCAGACGACAGGCGCCGCAUUGAUAAACAUGCUGGACAUGAUGAUCAGAAAUAUGCCAUGCUUGAGAUAGUGAUGAAAAGGAAGAAGCUUACCUAUUAUGUGCUUGUGGAUGCAUUAGAAAAAAAAGAUAACACAGAUCUGGCAAAUAAAUUGAAGUUUGAAUCACAGAAUCUUAUAUCAAGUUUAGAAUCAGUACAAGUCGAAGCUAAAGGAUUAUCAGUGUAUACAGAUCAACCAUACAAGGUUCGUCUACAGAAGAAUUACUCUCUUAUCGUGUCUAGUAUUAAACACGAUGACAUAGUAGAUCAUCUGAUAACAAAUGAUGUGUUGUCAGUUGAUGAAAAGGAAAAGAUAGAAAAGGGUCAUUCACAAAAGGAAAAGAACAGACAAUUAAUGGACUUGCUUUUGCAUAAAAGUGAAAAGGGAUAUACUGAAUUUCUCCAAGCUCUACAAGACGACCCUGCAUAUACAUACCUAGCAGAACAGAUAAUAAAACAGACAUAACAGAGGGAGAUAUAUCAGCAUUCAAGAAAUUUAACACAUCCACAUGAAAAGAUUAGUUAAAUCAAUGUACCAUACGCACUAACGUAUAGAAACAGAAGAUAAAUAUGUACAGUUCCAAAAUUGUAGACUAGUUUUAUUAUAUAAUCCUACUUGUCUAUAUUUCUUCUUUAUCUGUAAAAUAGUUGUCUUUCAUCUGUUAUCAUUUACUGCUUAAUUCAUUCUUAUAGGUUGCACUUCUGUUAAUGUAAACAAUGCAAUUUCCCAUUGGAACUCCCUUUGUGGUUAAAGCUGUGCCACUUUUACUAUGAAGUUUCGUAAAAAACUAUAUCCUAGAACGGAAAGUUGAUAGGCACUACUUUUUUAUUCAAAGGUCAAACCAUAGGGCUGUGCGGCAUAUUUUCUACAGCUAUAUGCCCCGAAUUUCUAAGAGUUUAACUUAUACUAAAAUUCUGUUCUACCCCUACCUUCACUCUGAGUCUUCCUCAGAUUUCAAUUUUCGCCGCUACCAUGUUUUUUUAUACUGGUAACAUUCCAAAGUUAUUUCUCUAUGAGAUGAAACAUAGAGAUCAUAUCUAGGAACCAGUACGUAAACAAAACAAAAUAUCUAUGAAUAUUAUAUAUCUCCCCAAUAGAGGUGGGUCUUGUGAAACAGCUGUAUUUACAAAGUGCAACCUAUACUAACAUUUACUCAAAUGAAAAACUCUUGGAAAACACUUUUUCUCACAACAAUACUUACUUAUCAGAAUAAGUAAAUAGAAAUAUCAAUAUGGUUGGUGCGAUUUCAUUUGUAAUUUAUGUUCAACUUGAAAUCUUUCUGUUUCUCAAAAAUGGUAUUUGCAGUUUUAAGAAUCAUUGAAGUUUAAACUGUUGCAUUCCACAACCUAUUCUUACACGUGUGCUUUUCCUAAAAAAUAGUUUCAAAUUGCAUACAGUUCAAGCAGCAACAUGUUGAUACAGGGUAAAAGUUGGACCAGUAUGGGUUUCAGUUUGAAACAAGGAUUCCACGACUUUCAAGUCCUCAAUAAUUUAAACAAAAUGUAAACAAAGGAGAAGGUCCGGUAAAAGCAAAAUUUUGCUUAAAAUUUGAAGUACAUCCAAAGAAAGAUUUUUGACAUUUUUAAAACACGUAAGUGUCUACUUCAGACGAUUCAAUUAGUUUAUGUAAAAGAUUUAAACUGAUUUGGUCAUUAAAGACGCUCAAAUUCAAGCUUAAAUAUGAAAAAUCUUUCAAAUAUGCCAUUAAACGUCACUUUCAGACGGUUUUUGACCAAAAUGUAAGUAGCCGCAUUUGUGUUUUGUCUCAAACUAUAUAUAUAGUGUUUUAAAUUAUCAAACACAACAUAUACAUACAUAGUAAGACUGAACAUAAGUGCGGUCACUUCCAUUUUGGAUAAAACUUAAAAAUAAGCACAAAUGCUAACAUUGUGAAGAUUUCAGUAAUUUUGCACGAAUGAAUGGUGCUAGUACUUGAUGCAUGUGCACUGUAUUGUUAAAAAAACAGCCCAUAUAUAUGGAACAAAAGUAUUCUACUAUCCAAUAAAUAGUUAAAAGUUUACAAUUUUAAUAAAUGUGUAAAAAAGCUACAUUUGCGGCCAAAAAGGCGUCUCACUGGGUUUACCCCUUUCAUGACCUUUACACUAUAGUGGUGAUUAAGGUUUAAACAUUGCAUAUAUCAUGAAUGUAUAUAGUGUACAAAUUCUUUCAAAAUGUAUAUGUGUAUACAUGGAACACAGUCUGCUAUAAAAAAAAAUUGGAAGAGUAAAUAAAUUGUAAUCAAAUGAAAUAAGACUGCAUACAUUGAAUAGUCAUAAUUAUAUAUUAUUAAGUGAUAGUUAAAUGUAUGUUAAAGUAUUGAUUGUGUACCCAAAUAUAAAAUUACAGUGAGAUAGGGCUGUGGCACCGUUAAAGUCCACAAUUCCGCUAAAGUUCACAACACCGCUAAAGUCCACAACAAAUUUCCGGAAAAGUCCACAACGCCGCUAAAGUCCACAAACUUUCCGCUUAAGUCCACAAAAUGACCUCCGCUAAAGUCCACAAGAAAACGCCGUUAAAGUCCACAAUAACAAGUUCCGCUAAAGUCCACAAAAAACACCGUUAAAGUCCACACUACUUUUUUUAUUAUUAGAAUAUCAAUUCGCUUUUUUUAUCCCGGUAGUACAAUACAAAGCAUGGGAUUUUGUUCUUGGUAGUUAUUUUUUAUCAGUUUGAUAAAUGAAAAAAAGUACAGUAUCUGUAGAAGAUUUUGUUCCAUUAAUUUGAUCUUUGUAUUAUGAUGAUCCGUUCAAUGAAUCAAACAGGCCAAUUUGGACAUCAUUUCUAAAAAGUUAUCUAGUCAUAGUAAAUUCGUUAGUUAUUACAUAAUUACUGCAUUCUUCAAGUACUGUUUUUUUUAUUCUUUGUAUAUAAUCACUUUUUUACGUCACUAUAAAUGUACAGAGCAAAAGUCUCGGGACAUGUUAUUAAUAAUGUUUUUUUUUAUGUUGAUGUUUAAAAACAUGAGCACCGACAAGAAAUUCGACAUAUAAUUCGAUUUUGCUAGUUUUAAUAGAAUUGUUACUAAACAUAAGCACAUGGACAUGGGGUCAUAAUAAAAGAGGGACGAAAGAUACCAGAGGGACAGUCAAACUUAUAGAUCGAAAACAAACUGACAACGUCAUGGCCAAAAAUAAAAAGACAAACAGACAAAUAAUAGUACAGAUGACACAACAUAGAAAACUAAAGACUAAGCAACACGAACCCCACCAAAAACUGGGGGUGAUCUCAGAUGCUCCGGAAGGGUAAGCAGAUCCUGCGUACAUGUGGCACCCGUCGAGUUGCUUAUGUUAUUACAAAUCCGGUAAAUAGUCUAAUUCGGUAAGUCACAUUCGUGAAAAGGGAAGAGUAUUGUAGUUACGACAUAAGGAACAUAUCCGAUAUCAUCUGUGAAACGGUUAUUCCAUAACGGUCAACCAACUCGUGAUGGCGUCCAUAAAAUUUACGAAGGGAUGACUUCAACUUCACCAUCUGGAACUCUUGGUUUAAUAGCUUCCUUGUGAGCAGCAAUCCUUUAUCAAGGAAAUCAUGAUAGGAAACACAAGCCCGGGAAUAUCGUAUCAAUUGGGAGAUAUAUACUCCGUAUGCAGGCGCUGCUGGAAUGUUGCUACAUAGAAAUGGAAAGUUCACAAUUGGGAAGCUGAAAUCAUCUCUUUUGUCGUAAAGUUUUGUUUUCAACCGAACCUCAUUGUCAAUUUCUAGAUGUAAGUCAAGAUAUGAGGCAGACUUAACUGUAUCUGUAGUAUCCUUUAUCUCUAGUUCGAUGGGAUAGAUUCGUUCAACAUAGUCACCAAAUUUUGUAUUAUUUAGUGAGAGAACAUCAUCUAUAUAGCGGAACGUAGAGUUAAAGGAUAUUGCUAACUUCUUAUCUCUCUUCCUAAGAAGCUCUUGUAUGAAGUCAGCCUCAUAAUAAUAAAGAAACAAGUCGGCAAGAAGAGGGGCACAAUUGGUUCCCAUUGGAAUUCCGACAGACUAAUGUAUCCGGAACUCCCCUCAAGCUAUUUUUUCAACUUUUAUAUAGUUUGCCGAUAUAAAAAUAGCUGGAUAGUAAAACAGCACAAAUAAGUAAAAAUAUCAGUAUAGAUGACCAGGAAUAGAUAGGUAAACGUUAUUUGUAUAAAUGGCUUGAAAUCAGAACUUUGACAAAAUAUUGCCUCGUAAAAAAGGGGGAGGAUAGGGUACAUCAUCAUGACCCCAUGUACCUGUGUAAAUAAGAUGUGGUAUGAGUGCCAAUGAGACCACUCUCCAUCCAAUAUUUUUGUAUUGAUAAUUGCUAUUGGAUUAACGUAUUUAAGAACCUACAUUGUAUACAUAAUUAUUAUAACAAGACUGGACACACUUAAAUGUCUUCCCUGUUUUAGUGUUUAUAAUUGAAGUUAUUUGAAAGUGAACAAUUUUUUUUACAACAAUUAUCAAUUCAAUGAUCAAUGAACAUGAUGUCAAGGUGAGAUAAAUCUUUUCAGACAGACAUGGAGGCCGUAUAAAUUCAUCCAUCGCUUAAAGUAUCUCGGAAGCAAACAUCAUCAAGAAAUAAGAACUUUGACUAAUGAACCAUUAAAUAAGGUCAAGGAAAUAUGACACAGACCAGACAGACAGUCAUGUACACCUUUUAACCAUUCAAUACACAAGAUGUAUACAUGACUUUAAUAUCACUUAUAAUAUCUGAGAAACUGUCAAAACUAUAUAUUAAGCAUUUCAGUUUAAUUCUAUCAAUCUCACAAGUAAACAGCUGGCUUGACGUUUUUUGUAGUAAAGUUCCUAAAUUUUCUAAAAACUUAUCUUCCAACAUUAUUUGUAUUUCAAAUAACUUCAAUUUCAGUGAGCAUUUUAACUCAAUUUCAUACUUAAUACAGGAGAUUAACUGAUAAAGUUACAAUGUAGCGUGGGUUUUGAAUUUGUUUAAAGUUUUUAUUUCAUUUUUUAAUUCUAGAUUAGACACAUUUCUUAAAAUUAGGCAGACGGCACGCGUACGGUCCGACCGUAUACGUAUUUUGAAUAAAUUCGUCUACGGUCCAGACCAUAUACGCGUAUGGUCUAAAUGCGCAUAUGGUCUGGAACAUCCGUACAUUGGAUUUGAUGUGAUUAAAGUGAUUACAAUUUGAUAAAAUUAGUAGGUGAACUACUAAAAAAUUGUAAAAAACAAUAACAUUAUAAUGUUAUGUUGAUUUUUACAAAACGAGGAAGAAGUUAUAUUUUUAUUUAUUUAAUGCAGAAUGCCUGUCUAUCAGUUACUUGCUAGUUAUUAUAAAAGACAGUGUUAGUUUUUUAACACGAUUGAAAUAGUUAGAUAAGAAUUCUGAGUAUUCGUACAUUUAAUUUAGUUUUGAAUUUACCUUGUUCACCAAUAACGAAGUACAUGAUUGUUUACUGAGAAUGUGUACGGUACAGGGUCCUAAAGAUGUAAAUUUCGAUUAAGAUUAUGAGUAAAGGGUUAUAUCCAAGCCAUUAUUGUACGGUUGAAAGUCAAGUCAAGUACAUGACCCUAUUGGUCAUGUAAGCUAUGUAAGAUGUUAGAUUUUCCUACGAAGCUUCAGUAGAAUGGACGUGAAGAUUUUAGUUUAAAGAAAUGCAUGUCCAUGGGGACCGAGCACUAGAGGUCUAAAGUAAUACGCUUCAAUAGAAAAAGCUUAAACUAUGUGUUCCUUAAAACCAACAAUGAUCAUAUUUAGGUCAAGUGAACGAUACAAGCUUAAGAUCACAUGAUACUCUAGUUUUAAUAAUAUUUAGAUAUGUAUAUGUUGUACAGAAUUUCCUGUUGUUUAUUAAAUUUGAAUGUUCAUUCUAUACUUCAUUAUUAUCAAUUUUCAUAGAACCAAAAAACGAUUGUAAUGUUGAUCGCCUUUCCUAUUUUUUUUAUACCAAACAAAUCAAGGGAAGGAACUAAGACACGAGCAGCCACUUUGAUUUGUUUAGUAAUUCAUGGCAAACUUGAUAUCAGAGUAAUAUUUUGAUUUUGAUGUUGUCAAUUGAAAAUGUUUGCCUACCAGGUCAUUCGACCUAUUAACUGAUUAACCGGAAGUAAAGUAGGUGGUCAAAGGUCUUGUUUAAAGUAAUCUGCUAGUUCAUGGUAUUAGAGUCUGAUGAUUUUCUCAUCUAAAUCUGAAACCUAGUUUAUGCAAGUUCCGCCAAUUUUUUUUAGAGUGUUUUGAUCAAAUUUGCAUCUUCAAAUUGUUUUACAGUGACCUACAACAUAUAUGUUCCAGACCAUAUUAGUAUUUGGACCGUACGCGUACGGUCUGGAGCGAAUGCGUACUUUUUCAAAACACGCUUACGGUCGGACUGUACGCGUACGGUCUGCCUAAUUUUGUGUAUUAGAUACAAAUGUACAUUACAGAUCAACAUAACUGAAAUCUUAAAUUAAUACAAAAAGUUCAAUUGCAAUUGAAAUAAAAACUUAAAAUUCUAAUUGUUCAAAAAAGUCAUGUUCAUUUGAUAUGGUAAUCUUCUGUAUUUAGCAUGUCUGUAAUACACGAAAUUGAAUUAUGCUCGCUGAAAUUGAAGUUAUUGGAAGUAAACAUAAUGUGGUAAGAAAAGUUUUUAGAAUAUUUAGGAACUUUACUAGAAAAUGUAAAUGGAAAGGAAUAUGCAUGACCAAAACAUGUAAAUGUAAAAAAUCUAAUGUUCCUUGUGGGCGAGAGUGCCAAAAAAGAAAAUAAAUAAUUCAUUUCAAUUGA